AUGGACGCCGCCGCCCCCAGGUCCUCAUCCCGUCCUCGACCGACUUCCAGACCGACGACGCCGCUCCGUCCUAGUUCCAGGUCGUCGAUACGCAAUUCACAUGGAUACAGCGGCAGUCUCAGUGGAGCUGGGUAUGAAGAGCCUGCAAUCAACUCGCUGGAACCGCAGUUUGCAGAGUUGGCGGACUCAAUGGCUGACCUGGAGGCCAACUUUAUGCACCUCCAAUUGAUGCACGAGAGCUUGUCAAGGUUUAGCGAGAGUUUUGCCAGUUUUCUCUAUGGAUUGAACAUGAAUGCGUUUUGCGUUGAUUUUCCAGAGGCUCCUAUUCCUGAAUCAUUCAAGAGGGCGCAGGAAGCAAAGGCGCAGCAAGAAUCGUUAUCGCACAAGACAGGACAGGAUAUAGAUGCAACGUUUCUAACAACGGAUACGACUUUCGUUGACAACCCCCCGGCCACGGUUUCGUCUAAAGCUACACCGAAGAAGGGAACCGUUUCAUCUCGAGGGCGCGGUAGUACCAGAGGUACUGCCAGCAGUCGAUAUGCUACGAGAGGAUCUGGAACAGCCAGGAGUCGUCCUAGUGGUCUACCACGUGGAAGCGGGCUGCCGCGCGGUAGGGGGAAUCGUUGA